UAAAGCUCUUCCAUUUCAUCUUCCUUCCUCGCUCCUACUUAACACUAAACCCACUCCAAAACCCUAGCGAAGAGUAUCUCAAAAGGAGAAAGACAAGAAGGAAAACCAUGUCCGAGGUUGAGCUCUCUCGUUCAGAAAAGAAAAAGCACAAGAAAAAGGCCUUGCAAGAUUCCGAAACCAAAGAAUCCGACCAAGAUUUCAUGAUCAAACCCCAGAGCACCACCCCUUCCAUCGACACUUCCCAGUGGCCAAUCCUUCUCAAAAACUACGACCGUCUCAACGUGCGAACCGGACACUACACUCCCCUUCCCUGCGGCUUCUCCCCUCUCAAGCGACCUCUUGCUGAAUACAUCAGGUAUGGUGUUCUGAACCUUGAUAAACCCUCUAACCCUUCUUCCCAUGAGGUUGUUGCUUGGAUUAAGCGUAUUUUACGUGUCGAAAAGACCGGGCAUAGUGGAACUUUGGACCCCAAAGUCACUGGGAAUCUCAUUGUGUGUAUUGAUAGAGCCACACGACUUGUUAAAUCCCAACAGGGUGCAGGCAAAGAGUAUGUCUGCGUUGCCCGUUUGCAUUCCAAAGUGCCUGAUGUCGCUAAGGUUGCUAGGGCUCUUGAAACUCUGACAGGAGCUGUUUUUCAGAAGCCGCCCUUGAUUUCGGCCGUUAAAAGACAGCUUAGGAUUAGAACUAUUUAUGAAAGUAAGCUUCUUGAGUAUGAUGCAGAUAGGCUGGUUGUGUUUUGGAUUUCUUGUGAGGCGGGUACCUAUGUUAGGACUAUGUGUGUUCAUUUGGUGAUUCUUGGGGUCGGUGGUCAUAUGCAGGAACUUAGGAGGGUUAGGUCUGGGAUUUUAGGUGAGAAAGAUAAUAUGGUGACAAUGCACGAUGUUAUGGAUGCUCAAUGGGUUUAUGAUAAUUAUAGAGACGAGAGUUAUAUGAGGAGGGUGAUUAUGCCUCUUGAAGUUCUUUUGACUAGUUAUAGAGGUUGGUUGUGAAGAUUCUGUGUUAAUGCUAUUUGUUAUUGGGCAAAGUUGAAUCCGGGGUUGUUGAGGUUUGAGAAUGAUGAGGUCGGGGAGGAAGUUGUGUUGAUGACUACUAUAAGGAGGCGAUUCGUUGGAAUUGCAGAAAUGACAACUGCAGUGAUGGCUACUUGUGACCACGUGGUGGUGGCAAAGAUAAAGAGGGUGGUUAUGGAUAGGGAUACUUAUCCGAGGAAGUGGGGUUUGGGACCAACUGCGUCCAUGAAGAAGAAAUUGAUUGCAGAAGGAAAAUUGGAUAAGCAUGGAAAGCCAGAUAGCACUCCUAAAGAGUGGUUGAGAAAUGUUGUGUUGCCAACUGGUGGAUUCUAUGGUGCAACCCUUGCUGCUUCUGCUGAACCAGCUGUGAAGGAUAGCGACACGGCUGUUGUAGAGAAGGAGAUUACAGUGGUGGGGAGGAAAGAAGAAAAGGCAAAGAAGAAAAGUGACAGUGAAGAGAUGGAAGAUGAAGAGGAACGCAAGCGCAAAUUGGAUGAAAGCAGUGAUACCUGUCCAGUUGUUGCUAAGAAAGCUAAAGUUGAAGAAGCAGAAGUUGAAGUUGAGAAGAAAGAGAAAAAGAAAAAGAAGAAGGAUAAAGAGGAUAGUGAUGCAGAAACUGAACAGAAGACCGAGAAGGCGAAAAAGAAGAACAAAAAUAAGGUUGAAUCUAGUUCCCCGGAUACAGAGAAGUCUGAGAGAAAAAAGAGAAGAAGAGCAAAGAGAGCGAGGAGGCAACUGCGUUUUUGUAACGGUGCAAAUGAUGCAGGGCUGAUAAAAGUGAAAGAAGAAAAGGAAGAAAAAAACAAAGAUGCAGUAGAGGAGUAGGUGAGCAGGUUUCAGAACUUUCCUUUUAUUAGGAAAUUAUUUUUUUGUAUGUUUGGCACCUACAGUAACUCUUUAGUAGUGUUUGCAGUUUCUCAAUGUAGUUUCUGCGGAAACAAUUUUUAUGAUUUAGUUUUUUGUAAUGGAGUGCUUGUAUUAUCUAAAAUAUCUUUGAUCGUUCUCCAU